AUGCCGCAUCAAGGCGAUACCUGGAAACAGAAAGCACUAGCCUGGGUACAUCGCGUCUGGACUUUCAUUCUGUCUCUGGUGGUCUUCACGAGCCCAAAACCCGGCUUGCCGACGCCGUCCCACCACCCAGAGAAACGGAAGAUUGCUCUCCACCUUGCUCCAUCUCUCUCCAAACGCCACAAGGUUGGCGGAGAUGAAGAUACCGCUCUGGAAGAGGGCGAUGAUCCCGAAGCAAGGCAGAUUGGAUUUUUACCCCAUCCAAGUCUCCGGAUGAAAAUGAAGAAGCAAGGCAGGGCGCUUAGAGUCAAAAGAAAUCGUGAAGGCAACCAAGAUCGUCGUCGACAACGCGAACUCUCCGAACUCCCGUACCCAUUUCCGCCAGUAGAGGUAGAUAUAGGCGAUGAUAGAACCUGGCAGGCCGACCCGAAACGCAAGGAGGUCAACCGCAGUUUACCCCGCGUCAUCAUCACCCCUUCUACCCCGAGCGAAGAGAGCAGAAAUUACGGAAGGCACCAUUGGCAGGGCAGACCGGUAUCCUACUCCGUUUCAUUCGUUCUGGACGACGAGGACGAAGACGACGAAGAUACGACAAUCUCUUCUUGGGAAGGUACCUCCAACUCAAACACGACAAGCUUCGACUCCCGGCCAACUCGAGACAACUCUGUCGGCCAAGACUCUCCUGAUACAAGCGACGUGGCUCGCCUGCUUCCAGAAGACUUUGUUGCCGAGGUUGUCUGCAGAUCAGACGACAGCUCCGAAGCGACGCCGCCGAAAGAUAAUUUUGUGUUCACAGACUCUCUUACCGAACUCGCCUUCGGACGACGUCCAGCGGUAGAGGCUACUACCACUGGUUCUCCUCUCGUCCCUACCCAAGGAGAAGCACCCGACACGCCCGCAUGGGCGAUGACAACCUCGCCAUUCGAGCGCCGCGAUCCUGACUCUUCUCUUGGCGUGGAAACCGAUACCAGUCCUCCUCUAGCGACCAGCACUCCUCGAGAAGCUGUUCCUCAGUCUCCGCAAGAUACACGACGCGCUACGAAUGGCACUGAAGGGUCCUUCUACGAAGAUGACGAUGAUCAAUGGCGGAAGAAUUCGCUCCAGUACGCAGACGUUUUCGAUCUCGACAUGUACAUCGACAUGCGUGCCUCCAUGACUUCGCUAGGCCUAGGACUGUGUGCCGCAGGCGCUCCUGAUUCCUUUUCUCCUCCUCCGCCGUACCUAUCACUCGACCCCGCCUAUCCUGUGGCAACACCGCCCAGGGGGUCGUACACGUCGCAUGGCCCAUCUUCUGCCGCAUCUGGCGGGGACGACCACAGCAGGAGUAACCCUUUCAUUCCGUCCGACAACGGGGAUUCCACUAAUGCUAUUGUGACUCCAAAACCACUCCUCGCCAAUCCGUCUUUGACCAACCCUCUUCCCGUUGAGCUUCCACAUGCAAGUUCGUCCGCCGUCGCCAGUAUUACACCGUUUGCACCUCUUGAGAGCUCCUCUGGUCGCAACGACAACUCGACACUCGAACCAUUCCCACCAGAAAGAUCUCGACGAACCACUUCCGGCCAAGAAGUACCGACAUCGCCUUCCGAUCAGAACUAUUACAAUCCCUCGAUAUUCGCUCUCCAACGUCAGGCACAACCAGAGGAAGCUCCAGCUCCACCCUCUCGAUCUUCUUCUCCUACUCUCCCAUCUCUGUUCAAGGACGACGGGACCAACACUGACCGAAAGAUAUUUGUGGCUCAUAACCCGACAUUCCUCCGUGAACGAGGACAUAUUAUCGAAGGCGCGCAAAGCCAGAAUUACCAAUCAAGUCCUAUCUCCAGCGCUUCUCCGUCUAUUGUUGGAAAACCUGGCCAUGGUGAACUAUCUGCAUCUGGGCCUUCAGCGCUACCACCACCUUUACCCCGACUUCCAGAGAACUCCAGUCCUGACAGGGGGUCGACAAUGUCUACGAUGAGGACUGGAUCGAACGAUUUGCCUCCUUCCCGAAUGAUGACCAACCCUGAUGGUGAGACUUUCCUGCCCAAUCCCUUGACGUAUUCACCCCGACAAAUCGAGAACGAUAACGACAACGGGAUCGAUUCUUCUGACCCAAGGCCAAUCCCUCUCAGUGCGAAUUUCGUUCCCGAUAGGAUCGCACAGCCAUAUGUUCACCCUUCCUCACGAGCUGGGUCUUCGAACGGUCCGCGUAGGCUUCGCGUUGUGAACGGCCCGCCUGGGAGUAUCUCGUCGGUGGAGAAGUCUGAGCAGAGUGAAGUCGAAGAUGGUGUCGUUGCUUCGGGAUCUGGAUCGAGUGUUGCUCAUAGGGCUUCAGGAGGUGCUACUCUUUCUACGGAUAACCCUCCGGAUGGUGGGCAAGACAAUGACAACAUGACUGUCGGAGUCGAGUCUCGGGGUCUUCAUCGACGAGGCGACAGCGAUAAAGAGAAUCAGGAUGUACGAAGACCGGCCAAAAGGCAGGGACAGUUCGGUUUGCCAACUACGAGUUCUUUCCACCAUUGGACUUCUGGGAGCCGCAGAUCUGCCUUGCUGACUCGGGUGAAUCAUCAAAUUGCGCAGCGGAGGGCUGGGGUCCUUUCGGCCACUACAGACAGUUUGGUGAACACGACGUUUAGCUUCGAUGGAGGAGGCGAAUCUAGCAGAAUGACUAUUCUGGGGACUUCGGAUCUGGAUAGGGCACUUGAAACCAGCCGGUAUCGCUAUGGGAUGAUCUGGAGUGUGAGGGGAUCAGAGAAUUUGGGUGACUCUAGAGGUUCGGAUAAAAUUGUUUGA